CUUCAUUGGCAGAAAUAGUCCGAGAGAACAGACGAGAGAGACCGAACGGAGACGAAAACCGAGUGCGCAAAUAACUCGUGGCGGCGGCGGGUGCCUGCGUUUCCUAAUAGGUGUCCGUUUCAAAUAAUAUCAAAGCAAGAAGUUUCACUUUCCACAGGCGGAUGGGUGACUAUCGCUCUCGGCGGCGCUUUGUGAGGAGGAGAUGAUGAAGAAUUUCAGCAACAGUCCCCUUCACAAUAACCAGACUCCAAACCACAUUAGAGAUUGGAACAACAAAAAGUUCGGUUUUCUCUCGGCGGUUCUGUUACGUUUUUCCCUGCGAGGUUAUGGUUUUUGCAUGGCUAGUCUAUUCAUCUUCUGUUUUGGGUCUCUGUUUUACCAGUUGAACGGAGGACCCCCCAACAUUCUACUGGACAUCCGACAGUAUCUCGGAGAUUCCACAUAUCUCGAUGACCACGGACCCCCAGCUCCCCGCGAGCUGCCGUUCCCCAGUCAGGUGGUGUAUAAUCGUGUGGGGAAGUGUGGCAGCAGGACGGUAGUCAUCCUACUAAGGUUACUGGCAGAGAAACACCAGUUCAACCUGGUCUCCUCAGACAUCCACAACAAGACACGCCUCACCAAACAUGAACAGGUGGACCUUAUGAGGAACAUCAGCAACAUCCCUCAGCCUUUCCUGUACACCAGACAUGUCCACUUUCUCAACUUCACCCGGUUCAGGAUAGAGCAGCCCGUCUACAUCAACAUCAUACGGGACCCCAUUAACCGUUUCCUCUCCAACUACUUCUUCCGACGUUUCGGGGACUGGAGGGGGGAGCAGAAUCACCUCAUCCGAACACCAGGGAUGAAAGGUGACGAGAGAUACCUGGACAUCAAUGUGUGCAUCCUGGAGAAUUACCCAGAAUGCUCCAACCCCAGACUCUUCUACAUCAUCCCAUAUUUCUGUGGACAGCACCCCCAGUGCAGGGAGCCGGGACAAUGGGCACUGGAGAGGGCCAAACAGAACGUUCUAGAGAACUUCCUUAUCGUGGGGAUCCUAGAGGAGCUGGAAGAUGUCCUGCUUCUUCUAGAGAGACUGUUACCUCACUACUUUACUGACGUACUCAACAUCUACAAGAGCCCAGACUACAGGAAGAUGGGGAACAUGACUGGUACGGUGCGUAAACACACACCCACUCUGGAGGCCCUUCAGGUUCUGUACCACCGCAUGCGCUACGAGUACGACUUCUACAACUUCAUCCGAGACCAGUUCCACUUGAUGAAGAAGAAGAUUGGCCUCAAAUCGGUCCCCCGACCAUCUUCCCACCAGGCCUCCUUCCUAAGAGACCUCUCCCUCCGAACCCCAGAGCCCCUGGAUGAAGAUGAGGAGCUGGAGACCGACCUGGAGGAUGCCAACAGCUGGUUGGUCCAGCCCUGACCAAUGCCGUGGUGACUGAGGACUUUACUUGCAUCUGGUUGGCUGGAGGUGGCAUGAUAAAGGGGCGGGGGAUGUGCCCUGUCUGUCAGCAUUCCCAGGAGGACGAUUGGUUGGGGGUGUGUGGAUCCUGAUGCCUGUGUUUUUACGGGCUACAUAUUCCGUUCAUCUUGGACUCUCUACUCACCACUGAGAACCUUAGGAGUGGGCUCGGACUCUCUACUCACCGCUGAGAACCUUAGGAGUGGGCUCUGAUUCUCUGCUACCACUGAGGACCUUGGGAGUGGGCUCAGACUCUCUGCUACCACUGAGGACCUUAGGAGUGGGCUCAGACUCUCUGCUACCACUGAGGACCUUAGGAGUGGGCUCAGACUCUCUGCUACCACUGAGGACCUUGGGAGUGGGCUCUGAUUCUCUGCUACCACUGAGGACCUUGGGAGUGGGCUCAGACUCUCUGCUACCACUGAGAACCUUAGGAGUGGGCUCAGACUCUCUGCUACCACUGAGAACCUUAGGAGUGGGCUCAGACUCUCUGCUACCACUGAGAACCUUAGGAGUGGGCUCUGAUUCUCUGCUACCACUGAGAACCUUAGGAGUGGGCUCAGAUUCUCUGCUACCACUGAGAACCUUAGGAGUGGGCUCAGACUCUCUGCUACCACUGAGGACCUUAGGAGUGGGCUCAGACUCUCUGCUACCACUGAGGACCUUAGGAGUGGGCUCAGACUCUCUGCUACCACUGAGGACCUUAGGAGUGGGCUCAGACUCUCUGCUACCACUGAGGACCUUGGGAGUGGGCUCUGAUUCUCUGCUACCACUGAGGACCUUGGGAGUGGGCUCAGACUCUCUGCUACCACUGAGAACCUUAGGAGUGGGCUCAGACUCUCUGCUCACCGCUGAGGACCUUGGGAGUGGGCUCUGAUUCUCUGCUACCACUGAGGACCUUAGGAAUGGGCUCUGACUCUCUGCUACCACUGAGGACCUUAGGAGUGGGCUCUGAUUCUCUGCUACCACUGAGGACCUUAGGAGUGGGCUCUGAUUCUCUGCUACCACUGAGGACCUUAGGAGUGGGCUCAGACUCUCUGCUACCACUGAGGACCUUAGGAGUGGGCUCGGACUCUCUGCUACCACUGAGAACCUUAGGAGUGGGCUCAGACUCUCUGCUACCACUGAGAACCUUAGGAGUGGGCUCAGACUCUCUGCUACCACUGAGGACCUUGGGAGUGGGCUCGGACUCUCUGCUCACCGCUGAGGACCUUGGGAGUGGGCUCGGACUCUCUGCUCACCUCUGAGGACCUUGGGAGUGGGCUCUGAUUCUCUGCUACCACUGAGCACCUUGGGAGUGGGCUCGGACUCUCUGCUCACCGCUGAGGACCUUGGGAGUGGGCUCGGACUCUCUGCUCACCUCUGAGGACCUUGGGAGUGGGCUCUGAUUCUCUGCUACCACUGAGGACCUUGGGAGUGGGCUCGGACUCUCUGCUACCACUGAGGACCUUGGGAGUGGGCUCGGACUCUCUGGUCACCGCUGAGGACCUUGGGAGUGGGCUCUGAUUCUCUGCUACCACUGAGGACCUUGGGAGUGGGCUCGGACUCUCUGCUACCACUGAGGACCUUGGGAGUGGGCUCGGACUCUCUGCUCACCGCUGAGGACCUUGGGAGUGGGCUCGGACUCUCUGCUACCACUGAGGACCUUGGGAGUGGGCUCGGACUCUCUGCUACCACUGAGGACCUUGGGAGUGGGCUCAGACUCUCUGCUACCGCUGAGGACCUUGGGAGUGGGCUCAGACUCUCUGCUACCGCUGAGGACCUUAGGAGUGGGCUCAGACUCUCUGCUACCUCUGAGGACCUUGGGAGUGGGCUCGGACUCUCUGCUACCGCUGAGGACCUUGGGAGUGGGCUCAGACUCUCUGCUACCGCUGAGGACCUUGGGAGUGGGCUCGGACUCUCUGCUACCACUGAGGACCUUGGGAGUGGGCUCAGACUCUCUGCUACCGCUGAGGACCUUGGGAGUGGGCUCAGACUCUCUGCUACCACUGAGGACCUUGGGAGUGGGCUCGGACUCUCUGCUACCACUGAGGACCUUGGGAGUGGGCUCAGACUCUCUGCUACCGCUGAGGACCUUGGGAGUGGGCUCAGACUCUCUGCUACCGCUGAGGACCUUGGGAGUGGGCUCAGACUCUCUGCUACCACUGAGGACCUUAGGAGUGGGCUCAGACUCUCUGCUACCGCUGAGGACCUUAGGGGUGGACUCGGACUCUCUGCUCACCGCUGAGGACCUUAGGAGUGGACUCGGACUCUCUGCUCACCGCUGAGGACCUUCGUUGUGGGCGGAUGGAUGGAUGGACGAACUGACAUAUUUAAAGAUUGACUAGAAUAAUGGAUGGGGGGGUUGCUUUAAAAAGCUCACUUUGCUUGUUUUAAGGUUUUAUUUUUGUUUUGUUGGUUUGAGGCCGUCCUGUUUGGGGUAUCUCCAGGUGAGAUAAGACAAAAGGGAUUUGGACCUAUGAACAUUUUAAAUGUUGAGGGGAGGGCUACAUCUUAGGAUCAGGAAAAAUUCAGACACCAACAUAGGUGCAGGGAUGAUGGGGGUGAAGGAGCGUGUUGAGGUGUGAGAGAGCAAGGAAGAGACAGGGAUGAUGGGGGUGAAGGAGCGUGUUGAGGUGUGAGAGCAGGGAAGAGAAAGGGAUGAUGGGGGUGAAGGAGCGUGUUGAGAUGUGAGAGAGCAGGGAAGAGACAGGGAUGAUGGGGGUGAAGGAGCGUGUUGAGGUGUGAGAGAGCAGGGAAGAGACAGGGAUGAUGGGGUGAAGGAGCGUGUUGAGGUGUGAGAGAGCAGGGAAGAGACAGGGAUGAUGGGGGUGAAGGAGCGUGUUUAGGUGUGAGAGAGCAGGGAAGAGACAGGGAUGAUGGGGGUGAAGGAGCGUGUUUAGGUGUGAGAGAGCAGGGAAGAGACAGGGAUGAUUAAAUUGGAGGGGUUGUGUGUAACAGGUCUACUUUUAGUGCUUGACCACUCCAUCUCUCCCUGUCUCUCCCAGCCUCCUUUUCUCCCUUUCUUUUCCCCUUAUUUUCUCUCUCUCCCUCACACUCUGCCUGUUUUAAGGGCCCUUGUUUUCUCUCUCUCCCUCACACUC